UGCCAUUUCUCUCAUUCUCUGGCAUUUAUUUCCUCGCCAUUCUUCUUAGUACGACCUUUUAAACCGCCACACUUAUCGCCUCUGCCAUUAUUUCACAAGCAAAUUUUCUCAUCAAAACGAAGCCGCGGUGUCUGAUGCCGAGUCCCACAUCCCAAGGACUUGUCUCCUAUAUCCUCUGCAUUGAUCUUUGAUCGAUAUUUAGAUAUUAGAUUAAUUGCUUGUCGUGUUCACGCCACCGCGUUCUUCUUUAUGAGUCUAUGAUUAAUGAGUUUGUCCGAGCACAAGGCAUCAUUCAGCAAUCUGCGAAAUUUCUCCCUGUCUUUGCCAUUUCGGGGAAGUUUGGGCCCUGUUUAAUCUGUGGCCUACAAUCUACGAGGCUCUAAAAAGAACAAGAAGCGUGUAAGGAGCAGCGAGCAGGUGCUGCACUAUCCGACGUAGUUAUUGGAGCCGGAGAAGCUUCUUCUUUGGUUUUUGUCUGUAGAACUAAAUAGAGGGUACAGUCUUCAGUGCAUUCUAAAUUUGAGGCUUCCCUAUUCCCUAAAAGGAUCUUCUUUCGAGUCUCUUCACACAUUCAUGUGAGUUGUCUUUUCUUCCCUUGAACUUAGCAGCUCAUAACCUCUACUAAUUUUCAUGUUCAAAUUCGUGAAAUUUGGUGCCUGAUGCCACAAGCUGAUCCAAUGAGACGUUUGCACAUUUGUUUUCCGGUUCUUUUGUGGAUUUUGUCUAUUCCAAGUACCCAUGAACUACAAGUUGCCCAGACCCAAGUCUUACUACAGACGAGGAUGUAUUUAGAGUAUCCCGCCUCGUUGCAAAGUUGGGGAAGUUAUAAUGGGGACCUCUGUAACCUUUCUUCUUCUGCACAUGUGAGCAUUAAAUGUCAAGAUAACUCUGUAUCUGAGCUUAAAAUUAGGGGAGGCAAAACUGCGAAGUCCGAUGAGUUCAAGGGGUUUGCAAUUCCCAAUCAAACGCUGUCGACGAACUUCUCUAUUGAUUCUUUUAUCACUGCAUUAACGAGGUUGACCAGCUUAAGGGUUCUUAGCCUGGUGUCCUUGGGAAUCUGGGGUCAUCUUCCGGAUAAGAUUCACCGAUUAUCUCUGCUCGAAGUUCUGGACUUAAGCUCGAAUUUCUUAUUCGGUUCUAUCCCGCCGAAAAUUUCCACAAUGGUACAGCUCAAUACAUUGAAAAUCGAUGACAAUUAUUUCAACGAUUCAAUGCCCGACUGGUUCGAUUCAUUGUCGAAUCUAAAUGUCUUGAGUUUGAAAACCAACACCUUGCGGGGUUCAUUCCCCUCAUCAUUGUGCAAAAUUAAGAACCUCACCGAUAUUUCUUUGUCUCGCAAUGAGCUAUCUGGUAAAUUACCUGAUUUGAGCGCUCUCACUGGCCUACGUGUACUGAAUUUAAGAGAAAACCGUUUAGGUUCUAAACUGCCAUUGAUGCCCGCAGGAGUGGUCACAGUUCUGCUAAGUAAUAACUCAUUUUCUGGCGAGAUACCGAAGCAGUUCAGUGAAUUGGGUCGGCUUCAACAUCUAGAUCUCUCGGCAAAUCAUCUGAGUGGAAUACCUCCAUCUUUCUUGUUCUCAUUGCCAAGCAUCAGCUAUUUGAAUUUGGGUAGCAAUGUGCUGAGCGGGUCACUUCCAGAUAAACUAAGUUGUAGCAGCAAACUUGGUUUUGUGGACAUUUCUAGUAACAAAUUAAUUGGUGAACUUCCUUCUUGCUUGGCCAAUACGUCCAAUAGAAGAGUUGUCAAAUAUGAUGGAAAUUGUUUAACUCUCGAUUCUCAAGAUCAGCAGCCAGGUUCUUAUUGUGAAGAAUCCAAUACGGAGAGGAAGAAAUCGAUGGCGCGGAAAAUAACGUUAGCAGGGGCCAUCCUUAUUGGACUUGUUCUUGUCCUUGGGAUUUCGGUAUUAGGAGUUUUCUUUUGUAGAAAAUGUCUGAGGAGAAGGGCAGCUAAGCAUCAUUUGUUGCCAAAGAACGCGCAAGAUAAUUCCACUACAGGGUUUUCAUCUCAAUUCCUCGCAAAUGCCAGGUUCAUUUCUCAGGCAGUGAAGCUAGGGGCACAAGCUACAUCAAUCUGUCGACCAAUUUCAGUUGAAGAAUUGAGGGAAGCCACAAGAGACUUUGACUUGUCAGCUUUUAUUAGUGAAGGCUCCUUAGGAAAGCUAUACAAAGGAAAACUAGAGAAUGGAUCCUACGUGGCAAUACGAUCUUUAGUUCUGUCAGAGAAAUGCUCAAUUCAAAAUCUUAAAGCUCGGUUGGAUUCAUUCUCAAAGCUUCAACAUCCAAAUUUGGUCAGCCUAUUGGGUUAUUGUAUUGAUAAUAGUGAACAAGAUGAUUCAACCACCUACAAACUUCAUCUUGUAUAUGAGUAUGUGCUCAAUGGGAGUUACCGAGCCUAUCUGUCAGAGUUUUCUCUAGAGAAGCCGCUCAAGUGGUCUGAUAGAUUGGCAAUUUUAAUUGGGGUUGCCAAGGCUGUGCACUUUUUACAUACUGGGGUUAUUCCAGGUUGUUUUAACAACCGAUUGAAGACAGACAAUAUUUUGCUUGAUGAGCAUCGCUUUCCCAAGUUAAGCGACUAUGGAAUGUCCAUCCUCGGAGAAGAGAUUGAAAGGUUUGAGGCAAAGAGACAGGACUCAAAAUCAUGUGACCAACAAAUCAUUCUGCCCAACUGUUCUUGCAGCCAAAGGCAAGCGGACAAGGGGAAGCGUUUUUUUCUGAAUGAGAAGGCAUCCUUCGGAAGUCAAGAUGGCAGAAGGAAAAUUGUGGAUCCCAUAGUGUUGACAUCUAGCUCUCAAGAGUCAUUAUCAAUCGCAAUAGCGAUAACAACCAAAUGCAUAUCUCCAGAACUUUCCUCUCGCCCCUCAUUCGAGGAUGUCCUGUGGAACUUACAGUAUGCAGCUCAAGUGCAGGCCACAGCAGAUGCAGACCAGAAUUCAGAAUCUACAUCAGAAUCUCAAGAUUAUAGGAGGGACAAAUCCUGGGAUUCAAUUGGUUCACAUCCUUCUCCGACAAAGCAGAUUAUUAAACCCCAGAAUCAUCGUAGGAUCCAUAAGUAACUGCAGUGUCAGAUUGCAACAACAGAUGUAAAGUUGCAGAUGUUGUUUUUUCAUGUCUCUAUAGAGUUUUGAUAAGGUAGAGGUAGAAGGGAUUGAUAUUCUUUAUAGAAUCAGGAACAAGAGUUCAAAUUCAGGACAUUAAAGCAAGUCAUGAACUUUUAUAACCGCCGCCAGCAUGAGGUCGUGACGAAAUAAAGUUAGCGGUUACUUUUCUGAUUAA